AUGAGUACCACUGAAUUCCAUACCGACCAGCUAUCGGAUAACCACACCAGCCCGGCUCCGAGCAACGCGGGCUCAACGGGGACUUCGGGCAUUACGGUGCGCAAUGGUCCACAAGGCCAACCGCUGAGUUUCAGAAGACAACGUGCAUCACGCGCGUGCGAGACAUGUCAUGCUCGCAAGGUUCGAUGUGAUGCAGCCAGUCUCGGGGUGCCCUGCACCAAUUGUGUCGCUUUCUCUAUCGAGUGCAAGAUCCCUCCACCGCAAUCUGCCUCGGUCGCCGACGGGACAGCUUCUCACUUCCGACCCACGAGCAUUGAGGAUCCAGCCGAUUCAGUAUCUGGUUCUGUCUCUGCAUCCAGGGAAAAGGAGAAAAAUUUGGACUCGGAUGAAAAGAAUAAUGCCUUUGGAUACCGGAACAACCUGAUGGGCGUCGACGGCAUGCCCAAUACUGCCCUUUCCGAGGCCGAGGCCGCCCAACAAGCUUCGGCCAACAACGCCUAUGCCCAAUUCAUGAAGCCAAAGUUUGCCCGUGCUCCGAUAAAAGAAGCUGGCCGAGUGGCGUACUUGGGUGAAUCGUCGAAUCUGUCUCUUCUGGUUCAAGAUCGUCAUGGGACAGCAGAUGUCGUGCACUACCCGCUCCCACCGAAUAUCAGAGGAUCCCGCGCCCGGUUGACGGACUUGGACAACUUGGAGAUUGAUAUUCUGCACCAGCGGGGCGCAUUCCUGCUUCCGCCCAAACCGCUGUGUGAUGAGUUGGUUGACGCCUACUUCAAAUGGGUGGCCCCCGUUGUGCCGAUUAUCAACAAGAGUCGCUUCAUGCGUCACUACCGUGACCCCAAAAACCCGCCAUCGCUGCUACUGCUGCAGGCGAUUCUGCUGGCAGGAUCGAGAGUUUGCACUAACCAGCAGCUUAUGGAUGCGAAUGGCUCGACCACCCCUGCGGCUAUGACCUUUUAUAAGCGUGCCAAGGCGCUGUAUGACGCUAACUACGAGGAUGACCGUGUCACUAUCGUACAGGCAUUGGUGCUUUUGGGUUGGUACUGGGAGGGCCCGGAAGACGUCACUAAGAACGUCUUCUACUGGACACGGGUCGCUAUGGUGGUAGCUCAGGGCUCUGGAAUGCAUAGGAGUGUCGAAAUGUCCCAGCUUAACAAACCAGACAAAAGACUUUGGAAGAGAAUCUGGUGGACCCUAUUCACCCGAGAUCGAUCUGUCGCCGUCGCACUGGGACGGCCGAUUGGAAUCAACACAGAUGACUCAGAUGUUGAGAUGGUGACGGAGGACGAUUUCAUCGAGGAUGAGCUUGACGUUGUCGCCGAAUACCCAGCAGACCCUGUUCAUGUCCAGUUCUUCCUGCAGUAUGUCAAGCUGUGCGAGAUCAUGGGCUUGGUUCUGUCGCAGCAGUACUCUGUGGCUUCUAAGUCACGGCGUAUGAAUGCAAUGGAUCUCACCCACUCAGAUAUGGCGCUCGCCGAUUGGCUGCAGAACUGCCCUAAAGAAGUAUGCUGGCAACGCUCUCGACAUCAUUUCUGGGCGGCUCUCUUGCACUCUAAUUACUACACUACGCUCUGUCUCCUUCACAGGGCUCAUAUGCCGCCUGCCUCAUCCGCACCCAAUAACUACAGGGUCGAAGAAAUGGCUUAUCCAUCGCGCACAAUUGCCUUCCAAGCUGCAGGCAUGAUUACCUCUAUUGUUGAGAACCUACAGGCACAUGGGGAGAUUCGUUACACGCCUGCAUUUAUUGUCUACAGUCUAUUCUCAGCCUUGAUUAUGCACGUUUACCAAAUGCGCUCCUCGGUUCCUUCGAUCGUGGCCACCUGCCAGGAAAGAAUCAAUGUCUGCAUGCUAGCCCUCAAGGAUGUAUCAAAGGUCUGGUUGGUGGCGAAGAUGGUGAACACCUUGUUCGAGUCUAUUCUCGGAAACAAGGUGUUAGAAGAACGACUACAGAAGGCUGCAGGCCGGAGACAUCAGCGCACGCGGCACGGAGAAUCAUCUUCCUCCAAGAGGCACGACCCGCCGAAACGCAAAUUCGACGAUAUGGACAUCGGCAUGCCAAAUGGUGGGGGUCCUACACCCCCCGUGUCAUAUGAGCGCUCCAGGCCCCAAACACCCGCUGUUACCCCCUCCGGGGAACUGAACCAACCCCCUCUCGGCGGUCAAUCACCAAACACCCACCGCGGUCCUCACGAUCCAAUGACCGGCACGGGUAAUUCACGAGCCAACACCAGGCCUACAACGCCGUUCAACGGCCAAUUCUCUCUACCCGCCACACCUCCCGACUUCUUCUUAGUAACCCGCACCUCGCCCAACCUCUCCCCCUCCCUCUGGGAGAACUUCCAACCCGACCAACUCUUCCCAGACGGCACCGCCUUCUUCCCGGAGCUGACAUCGCCACCCCAGCCCGCUACAGUCGACCCAUCCCUCCAGAUCCCAUCACAAAUGGCCCCGGGUAUGGCCCCUCGCCCUAGUCCCAUGAUGAACAAUCAGCCGCCGCCUGUUUCUGGCCGUAGCAUGUCUAUCUCACAUGGUAGCCCGCCGCUAAUGUCUGGACUGCCGGGCGCGAUGGGAAUGCAUCCCAACCCACCGCAGCAGAUGUUUGGCGUGGAAGGCCAGCAUCAGCAAGCUUGGCCGCCCAUGCAUGGUCUCGAUGGCACUAUGAGUGGAUCCGCGAUGGACGCUACUAGCCAGGACAAUGAUACCUGGAGUAGUAGUUCCCGUAGUGGGCCGACUGCGCCAACGACGCUGAAUGUCGAGGACUGGUUCCAAUUCUUCGGUAUCAACGGCGGGUUCGGUGAUCUGGCGGCAUGA